AGAGCUCUGUGCAAGAUCGCCAUCUUUGUCACAUGUUCAAUUUUCCAUCUCAUGUGACCUGUUGUUUGGCCCCGUGAUCAAGCUUGUUUUAUUUCCAGGCAAAUUCAAACCUUUGCCAAAUCGUCCCACAUGGAUAUGCUAGAUCAGGCCUUAGAGGCCAGUCAUGAAGACACUAAAGACUCCACUGGUUCUGAUGAUGUCCAAUUAACAGGAGAUGGAGAUGAGGGGAUUGGAACAGUGCAGAAUGUAGGACAAUCUCAAAUUACCCUUGAUCCCAAUCUUCAGUACCAGUUCAGAACUGAUACUGGUCAGGUAACUUAUAGAGUGGUCCAGGUAACAGGAGAUGGUACUGAAUCUGCUCAGGUGGUUGCCACCAAUGCUUUUCAACCAGGUGCACAGGCAGUUAUACAGAGCCCAUUCAGCAAUGGCGGCAGCCCCACUCCAGACACUCAAGCCACCGAAACAAGGUUCACAUAUUUUCCAACGACAGUUGUCACAAAUGCAGACCAGGUCACCUCACAAGGAGAUGUUGCCGGCACAAAUGCAGCUUUGGGUCAAGUUUCAGCCACAGCAGGUGCUUGGACAGGUGAUACAGGAGUCCAACAAGGUCAGUUCUAUGUGAUGAUGUCCCCACAAGAAGUCCUACAGGGUCAGAGAAAUAUUGCCCCACGUACAGGGUUUAGCCCGAAAGUGGAGGGAGUUAGAACUGGUAGAGAUGACAGACGCAGAGCUACCCACAAUGAAGUGGAAAGAAGAAGGAGAGACAAGAUUAAUAAUUGGAUUGUACAGUUAUCCAAAGUCAUCCCUGAUUGUUCACAGGAACACACUAAACAAGGACAGGUAUCAGGGAGUAAAGGAGGAAUUUUAUCAAAAGCAUGUGAUUAUAUAACUGAGCUGAAAACAGCAAAUUUGAGAAUGAGUGAUUCUCUGAAGGAAACAGAAAGAUUGUCAGUGGACUUAGAACUUUUAAGACAACAAUGUGAGGAACUGAAAAACGAGAAUUCAAUUCUGCGAGCUCAGCUUCAGUCUCAUGGGCUCAUUCCUGACAUUCCAGGCACCAACUCCUAACUAGUGCUUCACUCUCAUUUAAUAUGGAAUAGGAUCUACUGUGUCUUUAUUGUUUUCACAGUUCACAUAAUAACUCAGUCAUGUUGUGAUUGACAUACACACCAUUCAAUCAUUAUUCUGGCAUUCACACUUGCAUGCAUACUGUUUGUUUAAAGGCAACGUUAUUCACAUUUGAAUUGUUUUAAUCAAUCUGUUAUCAUGAAAUGAACCUUUUUUUUUACUGAUUUCUAUGAAAUCUUGCAAUUGAAAUUGUGUAGCUUUUUUCAUUCUUUAUAGUGACAUCUUCAGAAAUUUUCAGAUUCCCUGUUGUUUCAAUUUUAAAAUUAUUUUACAAUUAUAGCACUUACAAAAAUUUUAUUUUCAAAGAUCUCUCCCUGCAUAAUUUGUCCAUUAUCCUAUCUGUUUGUACAUUAAUUUGGCAUAUAUUUAGCUCUCAUUGAUAACGUAAUGAGAGCUUCUUAAAAAAAAAAUAUUCAAGACAAUAUCCCAAUGAAAUAUUUUUAAUUCAUUACUGUAAUAUAUUUUCCAAAAAAAUGCUGAAGAACUCUCUGAUUACAUAUACUUGCACAUUGCCACAUGUUAUCAUGAUUCACAAUGUAAGAUUCGGUGAGAAAUAUGCAUUUUAUCAAUAUUUUCUCAAGUGCUAGCCAUUAAAUGACAAGAUAGACCUUAGGAGAUGGUUUCUGUAAACUUUUUCAAAUGAGUUUUGAGAAUGUGCAUGUAAAAGUAUUUUGAAAGCAUUUUAUUGUAUAUCAAAAAAUUGAUUUUUUUUAAUUGGUGUUGUUUUUUAUUAUCUGGAUAGUAACAUGUAUAAUGUGAAGAUAAAAGGCAAAAAGUUUUGAAAGAAGGACCUUGACAAUCAGUGGACUAGGCCUGUUUCACAUGUACAUAUAAGUUGCCUGUCAAGUAAAAGUUGAGUUGUCUUAGUUAUGACAUCACUUUUAGAUCCUUAUUAACAUAUUGGAACACUGUUUAGUAAACAAUGUGUACCAUUCCAAUGCAAAAUAUAUCCUUUUUAGUUAUGUAAAAAACUUGCAAAUUUCAAAUACAAAUGCAAUAUUGUGUGUACAAGGUAUAAUCUUUUAGGUAUAUACAUGUAUAAAAGAUGUUGCACAUGUUAAGUACAAAUGCAAUAUUAUGUGUUUAAA